AUGACCUCGUACGACGCGGGUAUACAGCCUCUCCAUUCUAAUACUGGCGCAUCUCUUCAAUCCGAUAACCUUUGUCAUAUUACGAACAAGUUCUUCCCGCCACCUAUACAGAUCUACACUUCAAUCUCACCAACCUCUAUUCCCAACCUUCCACCUUUUCCCGAAAGCAACCAUCUACCACAAUCGAACAUGAUGCUUCCACCAGAAGCGUCUGCGCUCUCGCGGAACUCCCGCUACUGUACCCCGGAGCCAACGGCUAUGGCCGAGCUCCCAGAGCCAUCGGCGCCUCGCGCACAGCCUAGACUGAGGAUUAAGCGCCGCAACAUCUCCCGCGCCGCUGGACCAACCGAUGCCUUCCUUGCCUCUGUGGCUGCAGCAGAUGUGGCGAUCCCCUCGAUCGAGUUCCCAGAUGCGGCUGCGGACUUCGAAAUGGUCGAUGCUGGGGCCGCGCAGGGUUGCCUAUCCCCACUGCCCCGUCCGUCGCCUCCAAAGACCCCGAUGCCAGGACAGUCAAGCCCAUACCACGGCGAUGGCUACAGGAGGACAGACUGGUAUGCUUCUACACCAGGCACCCCAGACAGACCCUCGUCCUCUCACUCUGACCCGUCGAACUGGUCGGACGACUCUUACUUCAGCGGCAACAACACCAUGCGCUCCAAUGGCACGAUCUGCACCAGCCCAGAUAGCGAGAUGGGAGAUCCAUUUAUCUCAACGCCUCAAAAAGAGGCCAAGAACAAGCACACCUUGACUUAUAAUGAAGUCUACGAUGCGACAAGUGAUCAAUAUUCUCAAGUUCGCGGCAAGAAGUAUGUCGAGAGCCGCUGGACCAAGGACCAGAGCGAUCACCUCCUGCGCACAUACCAUCUCUACCUCCAAGACCCCACUGUGACACCCUUCCGCAUGGAGAAUAGCCGCAUUCCACCUGAGGGCAUUGUGUGCCGCGUCUCCAAGGAGGCGAAGAGGAGUUGGAAAGGCCCGAAACCCAAGAAGCCAUCCAAGCUUGACAAAGGCAAGGAGCGCCAAUACCCAGGCUCGAACCUGACUGUCGAGGCAGCUUACCUGGCGCCGUUAAACUCGGACGCCAUGGACUUUGCGCGCGGCCGCAGCCCAACACCCACCGGUGAUGCGCCAAAGGCCUACAUUAAGUGGGCACACUCUGGUGCCGCCACACGCAGCCACCUCCGCCAACUGUGCAAGUACAACUAUGACCAGUCGGCGCAGAUGUACAUGUACCUCCAAGGUCGCGCUACUACCCCCUUCUCUCAAAUCCGCGACGACGCCUCUACCACCUACCUCCUUGGAGAGGCUCGCGCCCCCGCAGACACCCAACCUUUCUCCACCAAGUCCAUCGCGCUCUCCCUUGCCACCAGCGCUUCGGAAACCAUGCAACCCGGCGGACCCCUUGCCCGCCUCGCCCUCUCCCAACCCCUCAACACCACGACAAGCAUCAGGGACUUCGCAACCCCUCCCGCUCGCCGUCUCGGCUCCCCCUUCGCCGCGAAGACAUACGGCCCGCAAUCCUCGCGCCCUCUCCUCCCCGCACCAUCUUCGAAAUCCCUCGCCUCCACUCUUCGCCCCUCAACCCUAACAGGCACGCAAAAGCGCCGCGCCAUGCACGACCCCGAAGACGCCCAUUCCUCCCGUCCCUCCAUCCUCUCCGCGAACUUCUUUGGACCCCCAACGGAGCCCACAGCCGACAGCCAGCAGGAGAACGACCAGCGCCGCGUCCGCAGCCGUGGAUACACUGUAAACGACGCCUCGGUCCGCGGCCGCGAUUAUGCCCUCUUUGCCCCGCGCUCGAUCAACUUCGCAUCCCCCGCAAACGAUGUCUUUGGCCCUGAGCCCUCUCCAGGCCCAACCUCGCGCACACAAUCAGCGCGCAACUCGUGGUCACGUGUUGCUGGCGCUGCGGCACUAUUGCCACCGCCGGUGUUCAGACUCAAUGGUUCGGGAAGGCAGGAGAAUAGCACAUUCCCCCGCCACGGACAUGGGGUCACUGAAGUGGAUGUCGUUGGUGGGGUGAGGUGGAGCACCUUCCAGAAUAUGGGCAGGCAGGUGAGGCAUUCGAUUGAGUCGUUUGACUUCGCGCCGAGUCCGAUGAGGGCGAGGCUUGCGGAGAUGAGCGAGCGUAUCGACGGCAGAGAUCGCAGCCUGUGA